AUGGGCGACCGCUUCUUUGUGGCGGUGGCCGCCGGGGCGACUCUUUCCACCCUGUACCCAAUCCACACCGCAUGCACCGGCUGCCCCGCUCCCGCUCCGGCUGCUCCCGCUCCGGCUCCGGCUGCUCCCGCUCCGGCUGCUGCUGCUCCGGCUGCUUCCGCUCCGGCUGCUGCUGCCCGGCGGACGGUGCGCAAGAUGCCGGAGAUCUUCCUGUGGACCAACCCGAUCAACUCGGGCAUUGUCUUUGCCUCGGGCCUGGCGGUGUACCUGCUCCUCGAGGUGCUCGAGUACACAGUCCUGGGGCUGGCGGCCCAGGUGGCGACGUAUCUGCUCUUGGCUGCCCUCGCCUUUACCGGCGCCAAGCUCGUCCAGGUCAAGUUCCUCUCGGGCGCCCCGCUCGAUCCGUCGCGGGCCAACUGGCCGCUGGCCAACUUCUCCUUCCCGCGCGACACCAUCCACACCGCUGUUGACUCGGUCGUUGACGCCCUCAACGACGCCCUCGUUUCGGUCAAGGACAUCUUCUACGUCCAGGACAUGGUCGUCACUGCCCAGGCCGCCGGCGCCGCUUUUGUCGCCUCGGACGUCUUUUCGUGGAUCGGCUUCAACACCGCCGUCUUCACCGCCUUCUUCCUCCUCUUCACCAUCCCCAUCAUCUACGCCAAGUUCCACAUCCAGAUUGACCCGGUCCUCGCCAAGGCCAAGGCCCAGGUCGAUGCCCUGGUGGCCAUGAUCCCGCGCGGCAAGAAGAAGACCGAGUAA